CGACCAAUUUUUGGCAAUAGUGCGGAGUACACUUCGAUCAACACGAGUGGAAUACAAGUGAACAUAAGAUGAAAGUUACUCUGCUAGCUGUGGUGGCACUCACUGCAGUGACCCUCGCCAUUGUGGAUGCCGUCGAUCCUGAGUGCCUUUACCGGAAGAUACGCAACCUAUCGCCUCAUUGGCCGAACCCAUCCAGCUGCUCCAGCUUCUACCGCUGCUCCUCGAAAAACGUAGUUCGUCGGGUCAACUGCCCGGCGGGUAAGGAAUACAAUCCCAAGACCGGAAAGUGCGCCAAUGCCGGACGUGGUCUCUGCAACCUGAGCCUGGUGGCUCCUCUGGCCGAGACCACCAAUGUGUGUGCCGAUGAGGUGACUGGUGCCUAUUUGGCCAACACGGAAAACUGUGCCGGCUUCUACAUCUGCGACGAGCAGAAGGCAUACGCCCAAAAGUGUCCCCUAGGCAGUUUCUUCAACAACACGGCCAGCGCCUGUGAGCCUGAUACUGCCAAGACCUGCUGGAGCAACUUCUGCAUUGACAAGGAAGACGGACAGGCUGUAGCCGACGCCACUGACUGCACAGUCUUCUACCUGUGCUAUGGAGGAGCUGCCACCCUGCAAAAGUGCCCAGAAGGCAGCCGUAUCGAUGUGACCGGCUGGAUCUGUGUACCCGGCACCUGUGAGGACACUUCGACUGAACCCUGCGAAGACUCUACCACUACCACCCCGGAACCCUGCGAAGAGGAGACCACCACCGAAAUUCCCGAAGGUUGUGAUUGUGAGAAAGCCAAGAACGGAGAAUUGGAUGCAGAUCCAGACAACUGCCGUCGAUUCUUAGUCUGCCUCAACGGCGUCCUGGAGGAGGGUGGAGACUGUGGAACUGGCAACCGAUUCGAUGCCGAACUGAGAGUGUGUGUUCCCGACACGGACAACCAAUGCUGUGUGUCGGCUGCCUGCACCAAUGGCGACGUGAAGGUGGAUCCCCAAGACUGCACCAAGUUCGACAAGUGCGUAGAUGGCGAGUGGGUUUCCAAUUGCUGCUCUUCCGGGGAAUACUUUAAUGGCGUCCAGUGCGAGACAGAUACCGACAAUGUGUGCAUAGACGGAAGCACUACAAUCGCAUCAACCACGUCAACCACAGAAAUCCCGGCUUCUACGGACGAGUCAACCACCUCUGCGGCGAUUCCCACCUCUACCACCACUACGGAACUGACAACCUUUGCUUUCAUCGCCGAGUGCAGUGCCCGUGAUCUUCCUGCCAUUGGCAAGAACUGCUGGAGCUACUCGGUCUGCAUGAAUGGUCAGUGGCAGCAGGAGACCUGCUCUAAGGACUUCUACUUCGAUGCCGCUACAGGCAUUUGUCGUCAGGACACCGCCAACGUUUGCCCCGAGAAUAGAUCGAAAGGAUCGAAAUCCGCAUCCCGUCAGAAGCGUAGCUUGACCUGCCCGGGUGGCAUCGAACAGGGCGCCAUCAUUUGCCAUCCCACCGACUGUGAUAAGUAUCAGAUUUGCGAGAACGGCGAGCUCGUGGAGGGCAGCUGCGGCGUCGGAAAUGUACUUAAGGGAGGUGUCUGUGUCCCAGAUACGGCCGGAACAUGCUGGCCCUGCGCCAACAAACCGAACGGCUACCAGAUGGCAAAUCCGGCCGAUUGCACGAGCUACAUCACUUGCUGGAAUGGCCUGGCUACUGAUACGUCCUGCGGCUCUGGACAAUGGUACAGCAUCAAGGGAGCGUGCGAAGUAGACGUUACUGGCCAGUGCAUCAAUCCGUGCACCUGCAGCACCGGCGAUGUGGCUCAUCCGAUCUGCACCAAGUACUACCAAUGCACCGACGGAGUGCCUACUGUUCUGCAGUGCCCCGCUGGUGAGGCCUUCGACUCCGAGACUUCCGAGUGCUCAUCCACGGUGGCUUGUUCUGCUAAGCUGUGUGCUACCGCUGCUGAUGAUACCACAUAUCCCGUGGAAGACGACACCAGCAAGUUCUAUCUCUGCAAGAACAAGGAGGCCACCAUUGUGGCCUGCCCCUCCGAGUCCGCCUAUGAAGCUCUACUUGGAAUUUGUAAAAGCCAACCCAGCGCAAACUGUGAUCAGACCAUCUGCAAGGAUGCUGCUGAGGACUAUACCUACCCCUCGCUGAGCACCGACACCUCCACCUUCUGCAUUUGUCAAGACGGUGAAGGCUACCUCGAAUCCUGCGGCUCUGGAUUGUUCUUCAACUCAACAACUGGUGCUUGCGACUUCACCGGAAACUGCGAUCCCCGAGUUUGUGAUUCAGCGUCUGAGUACAGCGUCUCUCAGGACUACGAAGACCCAGACAACUUCUGUUUGUGCCGUGCCGGUGAGCCAGUUUCCGUUCCCUGUCCCAUUGGAUACACUUUCGAUGCCGAGGAUCUGCUGUGUACCGCAAUUAAGAUUCCCGAUCCCCGUUGCUGCUCUAAGGGUUGCCUGGACAAGCCCGACUUCACUAACAUUGCGGCUGUAAAUACCGACGAAGGCUUCUGCGUCUGCGUGGACGAAGUGCCGACGUUCCAAAGCUGCGAACCCAACACCGCGUUCAAUGCCUCCAUUGGUGCCUGCAUUAGCUCGACCAGCGUAUCCUGUACUCCAAAUGCCUGUGAUGCCAGCCAAUGCGAUGACGGCUUGAACUACAAUACUUUCGGCGUUGAGAAUGACACCUCCGCUUUCUGCUACUGCCAGAGCUCUUGUCCUGUCUUGGCAAAGUGUGCCGAAGGCUCUGAAUUUAAUCCAGACUUGGGAAUGUGUCAAGUAGUUGUCGUUACCCCAAAGGAAUGCGAUGCGGAUCAGUGCGAUACUCUGAACAACUUCGCUACCUACCCGGCCGUCUGCGGAGUCGCAGGCUUCUGCGUCUGUGAGGACGGUCUGCCCAGCUAUGUGCUCUGCGAUGAGGGUACGGAGUUCAAUGCCAAGCUCGGACUGUGCAAGGCUCCUCAGGAUUCCAGUGUUACAGCCGAGUGUAGUGCCGCCAAAUGCGCAACUCAACCCGACUUGGUACCCUUCCCAACGAAUACCGGCGGGGACAACAAUCCCAACUUUUGCAUCUGUGAAAACGGCGACGUAUUCCUUGAAACCUGCGACGCGGACAUGGUGUACAGCGCUAGCGCAGAACGCUGUGUUGUCCUUGCAGCCUCUGAAUGCGUUUGUGAGCCGGGUAAAUGCUCUGAAGAUUAUUGGAUCUACCCCGCUUUGAACACCAGCACAGGUUUCUGCACGUGCCUGGAUGAAACUCCAGUUUUCAAGAGCUGUGAUGAGGGUCAGACCUUCAACUCAGCCGUAGGGGCAUGUAUGGAAGCUUCGGCCCUUAUCAGUGCCACCAGUGCCUGCGACUCCGUUCGAUGCCGUGACAGGACUCUAGGGGCGCAAGCUUUUGCAGCCUUGAACACAACAGGUGGUUACUGCACCUGUCAGGAUGUCGACACUGCCAUUUUCUUCCACUGCGAUUCCGGAAAGCUCUUCGACAUCAGCAAGGGAAUUUGCACCCUCUCCGCCAUGAUCCAGUGCAACUUGCAGGAGUGCCAGAAGCGUUCCCGCUUUGAAGCCUUUGCCUCGGCCAGCACCCGCACCGGAUUCUGCUCAUGCGACGAUGAAGACCGCAUCAGCGUCACCUUCCAUCCGUGCUCCGUGGGUCAGUUGUUCGCUCCGGAACUGGGCCUGUGCACCAACUACCACGGCGUCCAAAAGCGCUCCGUUGAGGCUGAGGAAAACGUCUGCGAUCUGGACGAGAAGCGCCCUGUGGAAACCAAUUGCUCCCAGUACGAAGUAUGUAUUGACGGCCAAUGGCGUCGACGCACUUGCUCCGACCAGCGAUACUAUAACACGGAACAGCAACGCUGUCUGGAACCCCGAGAUGACUUCGUGUGCUCCUUUGCUCGAGUGUCCAAUCUUCCUCUAUGCAGUAAUGUCAGUGAAUCGCAGACUGUGCCUGCCAAGAGUGGCAUCUGCCAGCAGUACUUCCGCUGCUUUGGUGGCAAGUGGCGGCUGCGCAACUGCGCCAAGCAAUACUACUACUCUCCCCAGGCGGGAACAUGCCUGCCGAUGCCAAAGGAUCAGAAACUGGAACCAAAUCAGACCAUUUGCAGUUGGAUGAUGACGAGGACAUCUGUUAACCUUACGGAGGACUGCCAACAGCUGGCAGUGCGCCCCUCAAAGGCUGGAGGUUGUCAGAGUUACCUAAUGUGCCUGGACAACGCCUGGUGGCUGCAUCAGUGUCCACUGGGCAUGUACUUCAGCAGGGAGCACAACUACUGUCUGCCCAACGACAAGGGUCAGUGCUUGAUUAAGGACGAUAAAGCUAUCUGUUCGGCAGGAGAUAGUCGCGCUCUGGUGGGCAGCUGCCAUAGCUAUGAGCUGUGCCAGGAGGGACAAUGGAUCAAGCAGCGAUGCCAGGAGCGGGAGCAGUUUGAGCCCCUACUAGGCUGCAUUCCCAGUGAUGGAAGUUGCCAGGCAAACGGAAUGCGACGCAUCUGCCGGGAAGGCGAGCUCCGAUCCAAGACAGAGGAAGACAACUGUUCCCCGGGAUUCCUCUUUUGCGAAGAUGAGGAGUGGCAUCUGGGCAGCUGUCUGAGGGGUCACAGCUAUGCGGCAAAGCAAAACAGUUGUAUGGUGCAGUCUCAGUGUCAGGUUAAGAGACUUCUUUCGGCGGAGAACAAGUGCCUGGGUCAGUUAGAUGGCUUGAGUGUCCCCGAUCCCACGGACUGCACUCAAUUCUAUUUGUGUCUCCAGCAAGAAGCGGCUCUCCUCCAGAGCUGCCCCUCUGGAAGUUUUUAUGAUUCGGAAUCGGGGUACUGCCGCCCAAACGAUGGAAGUUGUCAGCUAGCCAUCUGCUCUAACGUGGAGGACGGCAAGCUGGUGGCUCAUCCUGAGGAUUGUCGAGCCUACUACAGUUGCUCUAAAAGGAAUGGAACUUCCUUGAUUCGCUGCGAUGAGGGCCAGUACUUCCACAGCUUCCUCUCCAUGUGCCGCGUGGACCACGGGCAGUGCGUGAAGGAGACCAAUCAGAAUGACACUGAUCAGACUACCAAGAUGUGUUCUGGACUGCAUGGAGUUAGGGUUCCACAUGAACUAUACUGCAACUUGUACUAUGCCUGCGUUAAAGGACUAGCCAUUCCGGUGGAGUGUCCUGCUCAGCAUCAGUUCAAUCCUGUGCUCUCGCUUUGCGAACCGGAAUCACAGGCCAUCGAGACCUGUCGGAACGGCCAACUGGAGUCCAAUAGCAGCCAUGCCUAUAGCUGCGGGAAUCUUGCGGAUGGCACAUUUCUGGCCAACCGUACAGACUGCACCAGAUACUUCAUUUGCGCCGGAGGAGUGGCCAUGGCCCAGCGAUGUGAUGCCGGAAGGUACUUUGACUCGGAGCAACUGCUCUGCUUGGUGGACGAUGGGUCUUGCCCCUUGGUCGAAUCAGUCGGUGACGACGACGAACCCAACAACCAACAUAUUCCACCAGAUCCGUUGGUCUGCGAGGGCAAGCAUGGUCAUAUAAUGCCAGAUCCCGCCAAUUGUAAUAACUUCUACAUAUGUGUUUCCGGAACCCUCCGCCACGAGCUUUGCUAUACGGGUUACUUUUUCAACUCCACACUCCAACAAUGUCAAGCCUAUGAGGUGAAUUCUGGCGCGGAUUCGACUUCCGAGCAACCAAUUGAGUCACAAAGCGGCGAUCUAGGCAGUCAGGAAAGAGCUGGAUCGUCAUUGGGCAUUUGUAAGGAUAAACCAACUAGUUUUGACACCAUCUGCGGCAUCAUUGGCAGCAGCUUUGUGGCGGAGCAGGGCGACUGCCGUCGCUACACCAGCUGCGAGGAUGAUUUGGCCAUUUCCCAGAGGUGUCGCAAUGGUGAGAGCUUUGACAGUCUCCUGGGCAUCUGUCGACAAAGUGACGGAACCUGUCUGAUGGAGAACGGGGAACGAGUGGGUGUGUGCACCGGAAAGCACGGCCAAUUGACGCGGGAUGCGGACAACUGCCGAGGAUACUUUGUGUGCGUCCAUGGGCAGAAGAUUGAGGGUCAGUGCGCCCAGGGAGAGUUCUUCAACCGACUGACCAGCUCCUGUGAACCGGAUACUCUGCAGCAGUGCAAAACCGAGGGAGACGACACGGUCGCCGGCGACAACAUCGGUUAG